UUAAUUUUUUUAAUAAAAAUACUCCAUUUGCAGUCGGUUUGCUUAAUCUACUCGAUCGGGUUCGGUUCAUAAUACUCGAUUUGUGUUCGGUUCGGUUCGGUUCGGUUCGGUUCGACUAUCGGUUCACCAAAAUAUUGGUGGGACACACACAUAACAUAAUCGGAUUGAAUUGCGCCCCUCUUUGUUUCUCCAGCUCUGAGAUUUCAUUUUAUCCAUCAAAAUCUGAACCUGCUUCUAAAGUUCUAACUAUUUUUCCAGAGAAAGUAGUCAUGGACCUUCAAACUCCAUGUAACGCUUGUACAUUGAUUAACCGAAAACCAGCAUCUCCUAAACUGUCAUUUUCCAGAAACAACAUCAGAAUGCGAAAAUACCGUUGUAAAACGGUUUCAGAGCUCCAAUCAACAGCCUCUGUAAACGGGGGAGCCAGCCCCUCUCCAGUUCCAUCACACAAAAUCACGGUACAUGACCGUCAGCGCGAUGUCGUCCAUGAAUUUUAUGUCCCUGAGGACCAAUAUAUCUUGCACACUGCAGAGGAUCAGGAUAUAAAGCUACCGUUUGCUUGCAGACAUGGCUGUUGUACCAGCUGUGCUGUCCGUAUAAAGUCUGGGGAACUCAUACAGCCAGAAGCACUAGGGAUAUCUGCAGAAUUAAAAUCUAAGGGGUAUGCACUUUUGUGUGUUGGCUUCCCAUCGUCUGACCUGGAGGUUGAAACACAAGACGAGGAUGAGGUGUAUUGGCUACAAUUUGGAAGAUAUUUUGCUCGUGGACCUAUUGAAAGAGAUGACUAUGCAUUAGAAUUGGCCAUGGGAGAUGAGUAAGGAUCUUCAUCCAUGAGCUGAGGAUGGCUCUCUAUUGUAGCAUUAGCUGCAGGGCUCAUAAAAUAUGCAACCGAGAGGCGAUGUCGUUCCUCGUUUACGACUGCUCUGUGAACUACACUCUUUAGCCUCCCAUUACUCCAUGCCUGUCAACAAAAUCUCAUUAUACAACCUUAAGAAAAUACUACUACAUGUUCAUUAUUGAACAUAGUAAAGUGAGCACUAAAGACAUAGUAAAGUGAGCAUAGUAUUUGAUGAAA